UUAAAGACAUCAAUCUCUUUCACGAAAUACUCUUUUAAUCCAUCAUAAUGCUUUUAAAAAAUACAUCGAAAGAGAAUGCCUCGUAGAAUGCAUCACGUGUGAUGCACGGACGUCUUGCAUGCAACAUACAUCGUACAUACAAUGUAUGGGACAAUGAAAUUGUUGAGAAAUUGGGUGACGUACUCGCAAUUUAUGACGGUGAUCAAAACUGCCGCGUGCGGGCGUCAGAGUGUGUUUCUACCCAUUUCUACCACUUCUGUGGCGACUAUAUACCGGAUCACAUUCGCAUCGCGUGGCAUCAGCCGUCAGUCGAGUCCAAUCGAGUCUCGGGUAGUCUCGAGUCGCAAACAGCGCGGAUGUUAUCUUUUUCCUAUAUCCUUUUUCUUCUCAUAUCGCGUCGAAUUCUCAAGAAAAAAAUCAUCGGAUGUUUUUCUUUGAACAUAAAUAAUUCAUUUAGAGAAUCGCCCAUAUUCCAGGUGCAAAUUAAAAGAGUUUUGCAACACUAUGAUAAAUCAUCAACUGGUCAAGAUGGGCUUCAAUUUGUCUUCCUCGAUUUUCAUCGUCCUCUUGUUCAAGUUUAUUACGCACGGCUUGCCAAUGCUAGAGGAAGAACUUUACGAAGGUAGUCACUGCAAGCUGGAGAACGGCAAGACGGGCGUGUGCAAGAAAAUAUACGAGUGCCCAUCCAAAUUACGAGACGUGAUAGAGGGUAAAAGGAGCUCAGAUUCGACGGGACGUUGCGGCUUCGAGGACUUCACGGAGAUCGUCUGCUGCCAGUACAACAUCACGGACAAGAUAGGGCUUCGGCCAGCGGAGAUAGCAUGCCGGCAAUACGAGAACGAGAUCGGAACAAGUAGCAAAAGAGCGAUAACGGAGAACAAGGUGGAGUUUCACAUAUUCAGCGGCAUGAGAGCCGAGCGCGGAGAAUUCCCGUAUAUGGUCGCUCUGGGAUACGAGAAUGAAGACGAGGGCGACGAGAAUCCGGACGCUAUCAAGUACAACUGCGGCGGCACGUUAAUCUCGUCGCAAUAUGUACUUACCGCCGCUCACUGCGUGAACAGCGUGCAGGAGAAAGUACCGAUAGAGGUAAAGAUCGGCAACGAGGAUCUAAAGAGUGCGGACGACGAUGCGCAACGAAUUCCCAUAAUCGACGUGAUAACGCAUCCGCGUUACAAGCGCAGCAUGAAUUACAACGACGUGGCCAUCCUGAAAUUAAAGACGCCUGUACGUAUGACGAGUAACGUGAGGCCGAUCUGCAUCCAAACGAAAUCUCUCACCACUAUGGAUAUGUCGACGAACGUAUCGUUCAUCGUGAUCGGUUGGGGCGCUACCAGUUUCACCGACGACGGCAGCAUCAUGUUGAUGAAGACGCCGAGUCUCAGGUGCGAGAAAAUAAAAAAUACAUACCUUAGAUGGGAAAUUUUGGAAUACGGAUUAGCGAGAACACAAUCUGGCAGCCCUGCAGCUGAUUUCUGCUUCACGUACGCAUGUAUGUAUACUUGUUUGUCAUUGCUCGCAAAUGACCUAUCAAUCGGCGGAAAGAUAAAAGAUGGUAUACUGCCGGAAAGAAUCAUGGAAACGGCAGAGGAUCUCUUGACAGCGAAGAAUCAGAGCGAUCUGACAUUAAAGACAGAUACCGAGUUAAAAGAAUCUGUUUACGAUUUGCUAAGGACAAUUAAGGAUCCGGAGAAACCGCAAACCUUGGAGCAACUGGACGUUGUCUAUGAAGAUUGUAUAACCAUUUGCCACAGCACACCUGGAGGGGUCUCUGUAAUUCGCGUGGAAUUCAAUCCUACAGUACCUCACUGCUCAUUGGCAACUCUCAUAGGAUUGUGUAUUCGUGUCAAAUUGGAACGUCAUUUGGUAGCAUUGUUUAAAUUAGAUAUAUAUAUCAAAGAGGGUGCACAUUCCACUGAACAAGAAAAUUUAGAGAAUCGCCCAUAUUCCAGGUGCAAAUUAAAAGAGUUUUGCAACACUAUGAUAAAUCAUCAACUGGUCAAGAUGGGCUUCAAUUUGUCUUCCUCGAUUUUCAUCGUCCUCUUGUUCAAGUUUAUUACGCACGGCUUGCCAAUGCUAGAGGAAGAACUUUACGAAGAUAGUCACUGCAAGCUGGAGAACGGCAAGAUGGGCGUGUGCAAGAAAAUAUACGAGUGCCCAUCCAAAUUACGAGACGUGAUAGAGGGUAAAAGGAGCUCAGAUUCGACGGGACGUUGCGGCUUCGAGGACUUCACGGAGAUCGUCUGCUGCCAGUACAACAUCACGGACAAGAUAGGGCUUCGGCCAGCGGAGAUAGCAUGCCGGCAAUACGAGAACGAGAUCGGAACAAGUAGCAAAAGAGCGAUAACGGAGAACAAGGUGGAGUUUCACAUAUUCAGCGGCAUGAGAGCCGAGCGCGGAGAAUUCCCGUAUAUGGUCGCUCUGGGAUACGAGAAUGAAGACGAGGGCGACGAGAAUCCGGACGCUAUCAAGUACAACUGCGGCGGCACGUUAAUCUCGUCGCAAUAUGUACUUACCGCCGCUCACUGCGUGAACAGCGUGCAGGAGAAAGUACCGAUAGAGGUAAAGAUCGGCAACGAGGAUCUAAAGAGUGCGGACGACGAUGCGCAACGAAUUCCCAUAAUCGACGUGAUAACGCAUCCGCGUUACAAGCGCAGCAUGAAUUACAACGACGUGGCCAUCCUGAAAUUAAAGACGCCUGUACGUAUGACGAGUAACGUGAGGCCGAUCUGCAUCCAAACGAAAUCUCUCACCACUAUGGAUAUGUCGACGAACGUAUCGUUCAUCGUGAUCGGUUGGGGCGCUACCAGUUUCACCGACGACGGCAGCAUCAUGUUGAUGAAGACGCCGAGUCUCAGUCUCGUAGAUAGAGAGUCGUGCGCCAAGUCGUUCAACGGUUUCAGCAAAUUGCCCCGCGGCUUGGACGACAAUAUGCUAUGCGUAUUGGACACCAAUGUUACGAGAAGAUCGGACGCGUGUCAAGGCGAUAGCGGCGGGCCCUUGCUGAUGUUCACCGGACCCAAUUACAGCAUUGUGGGAAUCACAGCGUUCGGGCAAAGUUGCGGUGGAUCCGUACCGGGGGUUUACACAGCGGUUUAUCCCUAUUUGGAGUGGAUCGAAAGACAAGUCUGGCCGGAAAUAAACGACGAACAGUAGAUGAGUCAUGAGUCACGACUCGACCAACUUAAGUUUCAACGAGUUUCACUCUCGUUUAUGUGACUUUCAACUCGACGACGCAAUUUAGAUACUUUAAUAUCGUUCAUAAUGUCGUUACGAGAAUCUAGUCUGAUGCUAUUGCGUGAAAGAAGUAUACUAUAAUGUAGCAUUCAUUACAUUCUUCAAUUUUCAUCUCUUGUCUUACUUUUGUGACUUUAACGAGUUUUAUACUUUUAUAUUUGCAACUUCAUUCGAGAGUAACGUCUUCCUCUAUGUGUGUAUGUGCCUUAAUAAGAUAUUGUGAAUAUAUUCCGUUGAUUAUAGUUUUACUUUGAAAACCUUUCUGCGAAAACAAAUUGACAACGUUCAAAUCGUUCAAUUGAAUAACGGUCGAUGGCGAGGAAUUUUUCCCGUAAAUAUAAAAAUGACCGACAAGAGAGAAGAGGAGAAAAAGGAGGAUGACGAACGUCUCGAAUAUCUUUAUAAGUAUUUAGUGUUAUCGAGAAAAAUUAAACUCGACAAAUGGAUAAAGAUGUUAACAAACGAGGAAUACAAGGUGCAAUAUAUAUAUAUAUAUAUAUAUUUUUUUUUUGUUUCCCUCCUUAAAUCUUAACCUUUAAUCGCUCGCGUAAAUUAAACGCAAAUUUACAUACACUGUGAUUUGAGACAUGUUAAGGCAAUAUAAUAUACAUUCCGUGAUUCCAACAAUUUUUAAAACUGCAGUAUACUAUAAAUAACAAUUAUCAGAAAAUUAAUCU